CCGCCAGCGAGUUUGCUUGUCAACCAUCGCAGCGCCGACAUCAGCAAUGAAGGAACGCAUGGCAGUCUGGCCUCUACAGGAGCCAUGGCAGGAGCGGGAGGGUUCCUUGACCGUGCAGGAGCUCCCUCCUCCUCCUGAUCCUACAGACCCCGAAGUUUGGAGUAGAACCAUAUCCCUGUCGCUGCUUCUCGUCACGCUUUGCAUCUCCUGGUGGUGCGUGAGGAGGAAGAUGCAAUACUGGAGCAGGCAAAACGUUCCCUCAACCACGCCCGUCUUCAUCUUGGGCAACACACUCCAAAGGCUGGGACUCAGCAUGCCUUUCUAUGAUUUUUUGGAACGCGCUUACUACGAGCACAACGGCCGCGACUUCUGCGGUUUUUACGAGUUUCUGAAGCCUGGCUUGAUAGUGAGCAACCCGCAGCUCCUGCGCAGCAUCCUCGUGCGGGACUUCGACCACUUCGACGAACGGCGGACCUUCAGACUCGGCAAAGUCAACCCGGUGGCGAACAAGAUGCUUACCAACGCCCGGGGCGAAGAGUGGAAGAUGAUCAGGAACGUCGUGUCACCGACAUUCACGACUCACCGCUCCCGCGGCAUCUACCCGCUGCUGCAGCAGCAGGGCGACCUGCUGGCCAAGAACGUCAUGCAGGACGUCGCCACGUCCCCCUGCUGCCUGCAGACGAAAUCUUUUUGCGAGAAAUACAUGAUGAGUUCGAUCGCCUCCUGCGCGUUCGGCAUCACAGAAACCUCCGACGACGCUCUGCUCUUCCCUGAGAUGGCAGCCGGCCUGCUCAGCCUGACUCGGUUCAGAGCUCUGAAGGUAGCUCUGCCUGACUCGGUUCAGAGCUCUGAAGGUAGCUCUGAACUGGCGUGGUUCAGGGCUCUGAAGGUAGCUCAGCCUGACCCAGUUCAGAGCUCUGAAGAGUUGUCGGAGGAGCACGUGACGGCGCAGGCUGUGCUGUUCCUGCUGGCGGGCUACGCGAACACCUCCACAUGCCUCACCACAUGCCUCACCACAUGCCUCACCACAUGCCUCACCACAUGCCUCACCACAUGCCUCACCACAUGCCUUACUACAUGCCUCACCACAUGCCUCACAGAGUUGUCGGAGGAGCACGUGACGGCGCAGGCUGUGCUGUUCCUGCUGGCGGGCUACGCGAACACCUCCACGGCGCUGGCCCUCGCCCUGCACAACCUGGCCCAACAUCAACAUGCCCAGGCCGCACUCAGGCGCGAGCUGGCAGCUGCCUUCCAUAAGUGUGGCGGCAGGAGGCUGGACUACGACACUCUACAGUCGCUGUCGUGGCUGAGCGCCGUGGUGGACGAGACGCUACGGCUCUACCCCGGCGGCCCGGUCGUCGAGAGAGUCUGCACCAAGGACUAUACGCUCGGCAGCACCAAGGUCUCCAUUCGCAAAGGUCAGCCCAUAAUCGUGCCUGUGUGGAGCAUCCAUAGGGAUCCUGCCAACUGGCCUGAUCCUCUCUCCUUCAAUCCUGAGCGCUUCCUGCCCCACAACAAAAAGGACAUCAAGCCCUUCACUUUCAUGCCCUUCGGGGUGGGGCCGAGGAGCUGCGUCGGCCUCCGUUUCGCUGAGCUAGCGGUCAAGGAAGGCCUUAUUUCGGUCGUAUCGCAGUUUGUAUUGAGUCCAUGCAAAGGCCACAGCGUCCAUCCUCCACCCAUUCACUCCAAGAUCUUCACACUCAAAACGGACAACCUACUACCCCUCCACUUCGCCCCCAUCACCGACCUCAACAGCGUCAUCAGACAUGAACAUGAACAGUAUCCACCCUCUGCUACUGAAGAUCCUGCCACUCGAGAACUUUUGGCUUCAAUUCGAGAUGAUAAAUUUCCUGCCCUAUAAUUUUCUUUCUUGUAUCUAACAUUAUUGAAUCUUAAUUAUACUUUUCAAAUUUA